CAACAUGCCAGAAUGACUCUUGAGCGCCUGCAGCGCACAUAGAUGGCCGCAGUCAAGGUACAGGCUGGAAGCUGCCAGCGAUGUUUGCCGCCCUUACGGGGCAGAUAGUGAAGCUGGGGAAGGCAAAGCGCUGGGCGGAGUCGCUGCAGCUGUGGGCAGAUCUUCGAGCCAGGGACAAUUCGGAGAGGCUGGUCUUCGCCAAGUGCGCCGUCAUCGCGGCGUGCGGCCUUGCAACGCAGUGGCAGCUGUCCCUUCAUCUUAUUUCCGACCUGCCGGUGGAUGACGCCUGCUGCUGCGCGGCCAUCUCUGCCUGUGACAAGGGCCUCGAGUGGGAGCAGGCCCUCGCAGUUUUUGACCAAAUGCCACGUCUCCAGCUGCUGCCAAGCACGCACAGCUACAACGCCACGAUCUCUGCCUGCACCCGCUGUGCGCGCUGGCCCCGGGCUCUGGCACUCUUUGAGUGCGUGCCACGGCCCAACGCGGUGGUCUUCAACACCACCAUAGCGGGCUGCGGCAAGGGCCAGCAGUGGCACUGGGCCAUGCAUCUGUUUUCGCAGAUGCGGCAGGCAGGUCAACGCCCGGAUGCGGUGACAUACGGCUCCCUGGCGAGCACCUUUGAACGUGUCAGUGAGUGGGAAAAAGCUCUGGCACUGCAUGGGGAGAUGGUGUCUGCCAAUGCUUUGGAUGCAAUGUCCUACGGUGCACUGGUUAGUGCCUGCGAACGCACCUUGACUUAUGGAAUCCACAGAUUCAGUUGCAAGAGCCCCAAGCAAGAGCCCCAGCAGCUCAGCCAAGGGGGACGCCGAUGGCACGAGGCUGCCAUGCGUGCCAUGCGUGCCACGAAUCGGCAGCGCUCAGCACAGGGCUUCUUGCGAGGCACUGGACUUCUUGCGAGAGAUGAAACGAGGGCUGCUGCGGCCUGGCGCGGUGGUGCACGGUGUGGCUAUUGGCGCCUGCAUCAAAAGCCAGCGACUGGAAGAAGGCCUUGUGCUUUAUCGCAGCAUCCUUGCGCCUCACCACAUCACCAGCAGCAGCUUGGUAGCCGCCUUGGCCGCUGCAGGGCGCUGGGCGGAGGCUGUGCAACUGGCCAGCCAAACUCAGCUGACAGCCACGGCUCUGGUUGCCGGGCUUUCUGCUGCGGAAACCUUGGGUGACUGGCAGGCAGCCGUGGAGAUGCUGAGCCAGUGGCGCCGGACCUCUGGUAGGCCGCCCCUCCGUGCUCUGCUGCGUGGCGCUACGGCUGCCGGUGCGUACGGCGAGCAGUUGCUGGAGGAGGCUGGAGAGCUGCUGCCCUUCUCAGACGUGCUUCAAGAGCACAAUUCCGCCAUCACCGCGGCGGAGCGCUGCAGG